CGUGAUCCAGCUUGACAGCCCCGUCAGCAGCAAGCUUUGCCAAACGACAACCCUGAAACUGACACACUCAGACAGAGUUUCUACAAACUCCAGCAACGAAGUCAAACUUGCCACCCUGCGCCUCCCCUACUAUACUGACAGGCCACAAUGCAAUGAUCCUGUCAUGACGCAACCCUUGCCAUCCAGCUAUAUUACAUGCUCACCACAGCGAUAUCGAGGAACCCGAACCGACUCUCCUUCUCAUUGCUGCAACACAACCCUCAUCUUCCUGCUUUCCAUCCCACGAAAUCCUCCAAAAUCUCGUCAAAGGUCUGCGCCCAAAAUGCCAGACCCAAACGACCAAGCCUUUUUCUACAUGCGCUGGAACGACUCCGAACACCCACUCAAUGCCAACGACAAUCAAGAAUCCCGGAUGCUUGCCGCAGAGUUCCAUGGAGAUGCCCCUGUAGACGAGCAGCGUAUCUCACCGCAACGAUCUGAAAUCGAUUCUGGAAUCACGGCAGGGAGGGCAUCCCCCAUCUCGACUACGAUGCCGCAUUCUCACGGCAGGAUCACGUGUACAUCACAUACUGGCACAAUUGGGCGGAUGAUGGCUAAGAGGCCAUUCAAAGGUACGAUAAUCCUUGGGGCUUUGCUGGCGAUGGCAGGGAGGGAAAAGUUCUCAAGAGGAAGGCGAAUGGUGAAGUUCGCAGGUCGGGGUGGCAGGAUGUGUGUGCCGCAUUCUUUUCUUGUUUCACGUUCCAUCUUCUUGUGCCAGGGGAUUCUCCAAAUAGGCUGUGACUGAUAAAGCAGAGAUGCACAUCAUGCGCAUAAAGAUCAACAACAGAAGAAGGUGAUAAAAGUCAUGAACAGCAGUUAUGAUAUGAUGGUACAAGAGUCAGCGACAAGUAAGCUGUUACCUGGCAAAACGCUUUGUCCUGUGUAGUUUUAUCCUAGA